UUUUGAGAAAAAGUUGUGCCAGUUUAUUUAAAGAGGGGGAAAGAUAUGAUGGUGUAUAUACAAUCAAACCAGAUGAGGGGGAACCUUUUCAAGUCAGGUGUGACAUGCGAACAGACGGUGGAGGCUGGACAGUGUUUCAAAAACGACAAGAUGCAAGCGUUAAUUUUUAUCGCGGUUGGCAAGAAUAUAAAAAUAGUUUUGGUAAUUAG